GUAAUACAGUAUAUACCUGAGCACGUGAGUACAGGGUGUUCUGGGGGCCAGUGUAUUGUUUUCUACUCAAACCCAUCUUCCUGGAGUAGCUCUGGGCCAACUGGUUUAUUAUGUAACACACCAGGACAUUACGUUCAGAACCUCGCUUUACAAGUGUCCCCCGACCGCGCGCACGAGUAGGAAACGCUGGACUGCACUAUAUAUUCGACUUCACUACACGUCGAACAUAAUGUUCUCAAGUUGCCAUACAUUCAGCACUCGUCACGUUUUUACGCUGCUGCUUCGAUUGACCAAUCGCAGGCCACGAAUCCUACCAAGUGGGUGGAUGUAGUGGCCAAACUAUAUGAUGCCGGCGACAGUUCAGACACAGCCACGCCCUUAAAUUCCAAAUAUAGGAUACGGACAGGGACACACAUAUCAUCCCUGUAUCUUGCAUUUUUUGCCCGAAAGAUUUUGUCGGUCGGGCAGCGGAAGCCGAGUGGCAGUCAAAAGCCAAAUUAUAUUGUAUUGCUCUGCGGAAGACACAUUUCCACUACUAUAGAGUGUAGUAACCGUGCUCUGCAUGUGACCGACGAGACAGGGGAGGGGCCCUAUGUCUCGUGUAUACUACCGUGGAGGGAACACGGAGUUCUAGUACGUAGCAAAGCGGCAGAGCGUCAUUGGGAGCCUUACACAGGAAGAUAAUCGAGUAGAAAAAUACACAUCCAUCCGGCUCCGAGUUUAUUACCGUCCGCAGCGGAGGAGGUGUCGUCGGAGGUUCUCCCAAGACAAAAUUUAGCUCCUGAUAUGUUGAUGUAGCUUUUAUUUACAUACCUGUUUGGCCAAAGAUGUUGUCAGUACAACAACAUAAGAGGAUGAGCACCAAGAGGAAGCCAGAAACCCAUUCAAGGGCAUCAAACCAAGCACACACAAGAGACUCAGAGCGAGACUCUGGAUUUUCAGAUGCAAGCUCAGACCAUCUGAAUGCAAUGGACACCACAGACUCAGAGGACUCACCGCACCCUGUUGCACAGCAGGGACCACAGUCUUCUGGCUCAGGGCAUCAACCCUCUCAGCUGGCUGUAGUUGGAGGCUCGUAUUCCAACAUUUCUCCGAUGAUCAUAAUGAACAACAUGCUCCUGAAGCAGCCUGGCGACAACCCUCCUGCUCUGAAGCCCUGGGGCUUUAGUCCCACAGUGGAGGUGGUUCAACAGCCUCAGGUAGUGUUCCUCCAACCGGUGGUCUCUAGUCAAACUCCUCCCACCCACAAAGAGGCUACCUCCAGACCCAAACGCUCCAAGAAGUAUCUUCCCAUUCUAAAAUCCUACCCCAAGAUUGCACCACAUCCAGGGGACAGCUCCUCAGGGAAGGGCUCUUCCUCCUCUUCUUCAUCAUCUUCUUCCUGUACUUCUUCUUCUUUACGGUCAAAGAAUGACAGCCAUUUAUUCUCCAACCAGCAUGAACACUACCAGAAAGACCAACAGCUCAGAACCAUGUGUGGUAGUGUUAGCAAAGCUGGUUCAAACUGUGCCAGUCUUCCUGGUACUCCCAACUCCAUGUCUCCUUUGCUCCAACACUUAAAUUCUACCUCCACACCAGAAACCAGUGUCUACAACAGUCCUAGCGUUGAAAGAAGUCCAUUAGUAUUUAGUCAGUUAGAGUUCAACACUUCUCAUCCUUUCUGCCAGACUUCUAAAGAUCAGAUGUACUCUUUUCCACAACUGGACACGCAGGAGAAAUUGUUUGGUGAAAGUGACCAGAGUGACAGUGAUGCCGAAACAAAGCGGAAACGUUUCUGCAACACCUACAACAUCCUUAGCAAAUCUGGUCUGCUUGACAUUACUCUUCGUACCAAGGAGCUUCUUAAACAAAACUUACACACCCAGAAUGACCUUGACAGGCUGAGAGAACACACAGACCUCUUCCUUCAGGCUCUGCACAACGGUGACAGUAGCAUCUGUGGUAAACUGCAGGCCAGACUUCAAGAGGAAGACGGAGAGAGAGAAAAGGCAAGGGCUGUUCAGCUCACCUCAAAAGCAGAUUUGUCACAGGCCUGAGCCAGACAAUAUACCUUCAGGUUCAUAUGGGGAAAGAACACCAAGGCUGGGGGUUGAAAGAAACACAAAGUGAUUGAAAACUUCAAAUUAGUUUCACAGUUCAUGUGCCCACUCAUGGUUUUGUAAAAUCGUGAAAGACAUUGUAGACAUACGUCUUUUUUUCCUUUCUUUUGUAACCAGUUUUACUUGAAGUUAAAGCAUAAAUAUAGAUAUUGACAUAAUCGGGUAUAACAGGUAAAGUUAACAAUAAAAUACUGAUGCUACAAUGUAUCACUGAUGGUGAAAACGCUGGUUUGCGCUGGUUCUAACAGUAACUAGCAAACUGGAUGGUGAUGUAGUGGAAGUUUACAAACUACAAAAAUGUAUAAGUGAGGACACACUGCUCUUCCAUGCCUGACCUCUGACCCCAACCCUUUGAACAUAUCUCAGUCAUCCAGGUCACGGUCAAGGUUGUUAGGCAACUGGACAUGAAAUUACCUCAAGAAAACGUUUCACCUCUCAUCCAAGAGGCUUCUUUAGUUCUAAUUGAUAGAGGGGAUAGAAA